GCGAAUGGGUGGUCCUGUGUGGUCCUGUGUGUUCUUACAUGGUAACGUGGACACACCAUGUAUGACACGAGCGGCGGAUUCCUGUUAGCUUAGCCCCUUGUGGAGGCAGCCUCGACUGGAUCACACAGGAUUCAUUUGUAUUAGGGACUGCUGCUGCUGCUGCUGUUUACUCCGUGUUGUUCCCAAUAGACAAGACACGAUCCCGAGUGGGAGGCAGCGAUACAAUUGCCGAAUGUAACUUACAGGAGAGGGGAUUACCAAAGGACCAAACUCACUGGAUAUGCAGCAAAAAACCCUGGUUUGGCCACGUCUGCCGUAAAGCCAAGCGUGCCUCCGAGCCGGAUGGUGUGUCUCGCCUACAGCUAUAGCCUGCGCCGCCACACCGAUAAGAGAGUAACCAGCUCGCCAAACGAACAAAUUGUCUUAGAACAUUGAUCUGUGAAGAUAUUUCCAGGAAGAUUUAUACGUGUUCGAAUGAUUAAGCUGAAUAAGAAUCGGGAGAGCAGUAUCACAUUUCCUAGCAUGUGUUCUGGAAAGUCUAAAGAGCCCCAUCCUCCUGUCACUCGGUUGUAGAUGGCGUUCCUGCAGCAGUCUGGAGACUACUGCCACGCGCAACAUCCCCAGGUGUGACUCUGUGGGCUUUGUGACCAGUCUGGCACACCUGUCUGACCUCCACGCAAGUUGUGGAUCCAAAAAACGGCGCAAAACACGGAGAACUCUUUUUGACCCCCCACCCUUUCCAGUGCCCCGCGAUCAACUCCUCAGAUGGGGUCCACUAACCCCGCUGACCAAAGAAGUAAAGAGAUAAAGGCCUGUCCAGCUAAAGGGAGGGAGUCGUAAGGAUCUGAAGGACUUUAAGAUUGUGUUUUAUCAGAGGAGGAACAGUACGCGAGAAAGAGAUACUUAAGAUCAAGAACUGUGGCAAAGACUUUUUUUAAAAGGAAACAAAAAAAUCAAGCCAAUUGUGGACUUACAGGCCCAAGACAGCGUCAUCGGUGUUUUUUGAAAAAUUGUACACUCUUGUACAAACAUAGGUUUACCAACUGAAACAAGCAUGGCUCGGAUGAACAGGCCAGCUCCUGUGGAGGUGUGCUAUAAGAACAUGCGCUUCCUCAUCACCCAUAACCCCACCAACUCCACCUUAAACAGCUUCAUUGAGGACCUAAAGAAGUACGGCGCCACCACAGUAGUUCGAGUGUGUGAGGUGACCUAUGACAAGGCCCCGCUGGAGAAGGACGGCAUCACAGUGGUGGAUUGGCCGUUUGAUGAUGGCGCGCCGCCUCCCUCCAAGGUGGUGGAGGACUGGCUGAGCCUGCUCAGGAGCCGAUUCCUGGAGGAGCCCGGCUGCUGCGUCGCCGUGCACUGUGUGGCAGGACUGGGGAGGGCUCCAGUCCUCGUGGCCUUGGCCCUGAUUGAGAGUGGAAUGAAAUACGAAGAUGCCAUCCAAUUCAUUCGACAAAAGCGCAGAGGAGCCAUCAACAGCAAGCAGCUCACAUACCUGGAGAAAUAUCGCCCCAAACAGAGACUGCGUUAUAAGCACCCACACAUUUUCAAGAACAAGUGCUGUAUCAUGUGACCCAGUGGACUGCAAGAACCCACCCCUCCCCCUUUCCGACAGAAAAUACGGAUCUCGGAUCGACGCGAAAAACAAAACGAAUGGACUUGGACAGCCUCCUGAGGCACUGUACUGUUCUAGGAUGACAAUGCAAACUAGUCUAGGGUUAGGUGGAGUGGCCACGGGGUCUGAACAAACUCCUGGAGAAAGGGGGAAGGGAGUGGGAGCAGUUGCUCCCAGAAAUUGGACUGCAGCCAAGACGUUGGAGAUGAUGGCGCCUCUGCCUUAAGCCAUCCUAGUUCUUAGACAUGCACCAACAGUUUGACCGACCCCCACCCCACACACACGCCAAAACAUUACUAUGGUCUUCUGUUAUUGGCUGCAUUUUGGGUCAACCAAUGUCCCUCUUCCUGAAAAACACAUCAGAGAAGGAAAAAAAAAUGCCUUUGAUGAGUGUUGGUAAGAGUGAGAGCUAGCUGUGCAACAACAAAAUGUGAAUCGUGUGGGGACAUAUGGGAAAUGUAUUCUAUUGUGCCUGCUCUUUUAAAUCUCUCUCUCCCUCUCACUUUGUCUAUGAAUUGUAAACGGUCAGGAAAGAGGCCCUUUUUGCUCACCUGCAGUGGACAUGCUACUAUGCUGCUUUGUGCUGGUAUACUUCAUGAUGCUUCAGUGUUUGGUUUGUGAGCUUGUUCAGUGCAGCCGGUUUUAGCACUUGAAGGGGAUAAAGCCUGUGUCACUUGACUGCAGCAAGGGGAUUCGAUGUGAGAUUCAGUGCAACAACUUUUUUUUUUUUUUUUUUAAUAUAUGUUGAUGAAACCAAAUGUCAGGUGAGGAGAAUGCAUUCUCGGAGUGAGGGGGUGUGUGCGCGUCAGUGGAAGUGUUUGACAGAAUGCUGGCAGGUGUACUCAUCCUUGUGAGGUUGCUCUGAGAUUGUUCUCUCUACUCCAAGCUUGGGUUCAUGGGGAACUUUUUUUUCCAUUUCUUUUUUGCUUGGUUUAUGCCCCUGUUACAUUAUGGUGUGUGAAUCAGGCCAAACUUACAAAGAAACUACAAAGCACCCACAAGGAGGAACCCUGGCCACAGAUCUCAUACACAUGCACACACACCACACAAACACCCUCUCAAUGGAGGGCCUUGGCGCCUGUGAGCGAGCUGGUUGGUUUGCUCCUCAACAGCACAGAUUUCUCCACUGGAGGGAGGGAGGGAGGGAGACAACUUCGCUCUUGUCUUCCUCUUGCUUCUGACUUGCCUCUUUGUCUGCCUUUAUCUUUUGUUGUCUCUGAAGGAACUGCCUUCACUUGUAUAGAAUUAAUGAAAAAUAAAUAAUAAAAGGAUGUGCACCUCC